GUUAGGUUAAAAUAUUCCGCUGAUUUGAGGUUAAAACGAGGAACACAUGGUCGCAAUAUGAUUAAUGUUCUAAUCGCAUUUUGUGCAUGUUCACAAUAUCGUGUGCUCGUAUGAUAUUUACAACCGCAUAUUUCGGUUGAACUUUUCGGUUUCUCUACGAAGCGAUGUAUGUCUGAACCGUUUAGAAUAAGAAAACAAAAAUGAUUCAUCACAAUGAAUUUCAAGCCAUUGUGCUUGCCGGAGGAAAAGGUUCCCGUAUGACAGAGCUUACGGCAGGCACGCCGAAAUGUCUACUUCCGAUUGCGAACGUUCCCAUGAUUUGGUAUCCCCUGCAAAUUCUCGAGCGUUCAGGCUUCAAGGAAGCGAUUGUCAUUGUCUCCGAGCCGACAAAAUCUGAUGUAUCAGCAGCAUUGGACAAAUUGGGUCUGAAAAUCAAGAUAGAAAUUGUAGGAAUUCCUGGAGCCGAAGAUCUUGGCACAGCCGAUUCUAUUAGACUUAUUCAUGAAAAGAUAUAUACAGAUAUUUUAGUGAUAUCCUGUGAUCUAAUCACAAAUGUUGAUUUAUCAGAGAUCCUCAAUUUGUAUAGGAAACAUAAUGCAAGUAUAACUGCUUUGAUGUUGCCUGUGCCAAAAGUACCGGAUGACUUUGUAACACCAGGCCUGAAAAACAAACAAAAACCAGAAAUAGACUUGAUUGGUAUUGACAAUAAUACACGACGAUUGAUGUUCUUGGCAUCAGCAUCUGAUUUUGAGGAAACAGUUACCUUCUCGCAGAGACUUCUCAAUAAAUAUGCUAGCUUUGUUGUUCAUUCUAAAUUGAUGGAUACACAUUUGUACAUUAUUAACAAAUGGGUGUUAGAUUUUUUGAUAUUUAACAAAAAUUUCACAACGUUGAAAGGUGAACUUCUGCCAUACAUAGUUAGUAAACAAUAUUCUAAACCUAAACAAUCUAUAGAUGACAAAACCUCUAUAGUACAAGAGGAUUUGAAGGAAGACAUUUUUCGUUUUGCAAGAGAAAAACCGUUAAAUGAGUUGAUAAGAAAAAUGUCGGCCUUUAAUGAUCAUAGCAAUGAUUUGGAGGAAGCAUAUCACGGAGACGUAAUACGAUGUUACGCUCAUGUCUCAUAUGGAAAGUUUGGUCUUAGAGCAAAUACCAUACAAAUGUAUCAUCUUGCAAAUGCUAAGAUAUCAGAAUUGUGGAAUAUCAAUGAUAAAAAUGUUGAUCGAUUAUCAUUACCACUAAGUAUCUCGAACACAGCGACUGUACAUAGUACACAGAUGCAAGAAUGUCGCGUAGAUGAUAAUUCAUUGAUCCAGGAGAAAACAUCAUUAAAGCAUAGUCAUAUUGGACCUAACAGCGUCGUGGAGUCCAAGACAAGAAUAUCUCAAAGUGUGAUAAUGGGACAUGUAACUAUUAAACAAAGGUGCGUUAUCCACAAUUGCAUAUUAUGCAAUGGUUGUAUUAUUGAGGAGGGUACCGAAUUAAAGGAUUGUUUAGUUGGAGCACAACAUGUUGUAACAUCUGGUAGUCAGCAUUCUCGCGAAGUACUCACUGAAGCGGAUAGACUCAUAGAAAUUUAAUUAUGUACCAUGAUUAUACUAUUUACAAUAAACGUCUCUGAAUAUAUAUAAAAA